AUGUCUACGGGGGCCAUUGUAGGUAUAGUUGUGGUUGUUAUAGUGCUCUUGGUUACUGCUGUAGGGGCCUACUUCUUCCUCCGACACAAGAGGCGGAAGGACCUACUAGACAAUGUGGAGUCCACUACCAACAUGAUGCGUCAGCAACAG